AUGGGCCCCGCCAGCUUCAUUGAGCCCAUAAGCACCGCUGCGCCGUCUCGUGCCGAUCUGAAGCACUCCGAGGACCUUGAGCAGUAUUUGCGCGCCCAAAAUCUGUAUGAGUCCCGGGAGGAGGCCGAGCUGCGGGAGGAGGUGCUGGGCGCCCUGGACACCCUGGUCAAGGAGUGGAUCAAGGGGGUUGCCGCACACCACGGCCAGCCGGUGGAGGACGCCACGGCCGUGAUCUACACCUUUGGAAGUUACCGCCUGGGGGUGCACGGACCAGGCGCCGACAUCGACACGCUGUGUGUGGGUCCCAGCUACGCAACGCGCGAGUCCGACUUCUUCGGCCCCGCCCCGCACUCGCUGCAGACGCUGCUGGCCUCCGCCCCCGGCCUGGCCGCGCUGCGCGCCGUGCCGGCCGCCUACGUCCCCGUGCUGGAGUUUCGGCUGCGUGGCGUGGCCGUGGACCUGCUGUAUGCCAGCCUGGCGGUCCCCGCCCUGCGCGCCGGGCUGGACGUCUCCGGCUCCGCGGUGCUGCGCCACUGCGACGACGCCAGUGUGCGCAGCCUGAACGGCUGCCGCGUGACCGACACCGUACUGCGGGAGGUGCCCGACCCCGCAGCCUUCCGCGCCGCGCUGCGCCUGCUCAAGCUCUGGGCCGCGCGCCGCGGCGUCUACUCCAACGUCACGGGCUACCUGGGCGGCGUCAACUGGGCCAUCCUGGUGGCCUACGUCUGCCGACUCUACCCACGCGCUGCGCCCAGCACCGUCGUGUCCCGCUUCUUCAAGUGGCCCACGCCCAUCCUGCUGCGCCCCAUCGAGCGCGACGUGUCGCUGGGCAUGCCUGUGUGGGACCCGCGCGAGAACCCUCGCGACCGCUCGCACCUCAUGCCCAUCAUCACCCCCGCCUACCCCGCCAUGAACUCCAGCUACAACGUGUCGGAGUGCACGCUGGGGGCCAUGGUCGACGAGUUCGCGCGCGGCGACGCGGUGUGCGACGAGAUCCUGGCGGGCGGCGCCGGCGGCGUGACGGACUGGGCGCGCCUGAACGAGCCCUUCCCCUUUUUCACCGCGUUCAAGCACUACCUCCAGGCACGGCCGAGAGGCUCGGCUGUGGUUUGGGUGGACAUUGUGGCGGCCAGCGAGGCGGACUUUGAGGCGUGGGAGGGUUGGGUCACCUCCCGCCUCCGGCUCCUCAUCCGCUCCGCCGGCAGCAUCGUGGAGGUGCGGCCGUGGCCCAAGCCCCUCCGCCCGCCCGCCGACCCCCUGGCCUGCUCCUACUUCCUGGGGCUGUCCAAGAAGCGGGCGCCUGUCAACGACUUUGCGCAUCGGGUCAAGGACUGGGCGGAGCGCCGGCCGGGCAUGGAGCUGGCGGUGAGGCACGUCCUGCAGAAGCAGCUGCCGGACUGGGUGAGGGCGGCGGGGCCGGGCGGCGCAAGUGGUUUGGCGGCUGGGCAGGGCGCCGAGGAGGCCAUGCAGGACGCCGAGGGGGCCAUGCAGGGCGCCUCGGCGGCGCCCACGCCGGCCAACAGCAGGACCGCGGUGGACGCGUCAAAGGGUUGUCCUGCGCAGGCGGCCAGCGGCGCAGGGGAGGAGCUGGAGAGCCGGCCCGCGCAUGCUCCAGCGCCUCAGAAUGAAGAGACGGGGGGGUCGGCGCCGAGCAACGCGCCGCGGCGCGCGGCCUCCGACCUCAGCGUCGUGGACCUCGGGGCGGCGGCUGGGAAGGCCGACAACGUCUGCUCCACCACCGAGGCCUCCUCCAUGGACGUUGCAUCCAUGCAGACCCUGGGCGAUGCUGCAGACGCCGAGGCCGCGAAAGCAGAGGCCGGACUGCGCGGAGUGGGCGAGCUGGCGGAGUGGGCCGUUCUGGACUCCGAGGGGGCCACCGGGAAGCCGACACCCCCACGGCCAGGCGUCACCGUUCGGUAG